UUGUGCUCCCCUUUCCGUGCGCAGGGGCAGAUCGAAGUGGAGAGUGAGACCGUCUUCAAGUUGGCAGCUCUGAUACUGCAGGAAGCUAAAGGGGACUAUUCCAGUGAUGAAACCACUAGAAAAGACUUGAAGACGCUGCCUGUCUUUCCCACCAAGACGCUGCAGGAGCAUCCAUCACUCGCUUACUGUGAGGACAGAGUAAUUGAGCAUUAUACACAAAUUAAAGGUCUGACCAGAGGACAAGCCAUUGUUCAGUACAUGAAAGUGGUGGAAGCUUUGCCAACAUAUGGAGUUCAUUACUAUGGAGUAAAGGAUAAACAAGGAAUCCCGUGGUGGCUCGGAAUAAGUUACAAAGGAAUAGGCCAGUACGACUUACAAGACAAAGUUAAGCCCAGAAAACUAUUUCAAUGGAAACAGCUGGAAAAUCUCUAUUUCCGUGAAAAGAAAUUUGCUGUGGAAGUACACGAUCCCCGCAGAAUUUCGGUGUCGAGAAGGACCUUUGGUCAAAGUGGACUGGUGGUACAAACCUGGUAUGCAAACACUUCCCUGAUCAAGUCCAUCUGGGUGAUGGCAAUCAGUCAACACCAGUUUUACUUGGACAGAAAGCAAAGCAAAGCAAAAAUUCCUUCAGCCAGAAGUUUGGAUGAUAUCGCCAUGGAUCUGACAGAGAUGGGAACGCCAAAAGUUUCCAAGCUAGUGACUUUGGAGGCAAAGAACCAGCUUAUUAUGGCCAGCAACGGCAGUUUGAUCUCAUCAGGCUCUCAGGAUUCAGAGGUCAGCGAAGAACAAAAGAAGGAGAAAAUUAUGGAACUAAAGAAGAAAGAGAAAAUCCUUCAGGAAAAACUGCUUCAGAAAGUUGAGGAGCUGAAGAAAAUCUGUCUGCGAGAGGCGGAGCUGACGGGCAAGAUGCCCAAGGAGUAUCCUCUCAGUACUGGAGAGGAACCUCCCCAGGUCAGAAGACGUGUUGGCACAGCGUUCAAGCUGGAUGACAACCUCCUCCCCAGUGAAGAGGAUCCCACCUUGCAGGACUUGGAGAGCAAUUUUAUCAUACAGCAAAAGCUGGUGGAGGCAGCCAAGAAACUUGCCAGUGAGCCAGACCUCUGCAAAAAUGUGAAGAAGAAAAGAAAGCAGGAGUAUGGUGAUGCUGUAAAAAAGCUGCAAGAGAUAGAAAAUUCCAUAAAUGAGUAUAGAAUCAAGUGUGGCAAAAAACCAACCCAGAAAUCAACUCUUACUCUACCAGAUGAUAUAAUUCCAUCUGAGAGCAGCUCCCUGUCCGAUACAACCACGUAUGAUGAUGUCAAUGAAUCGCUUGCCGUGCCAGCACAGAGACCCAGCUCUGCGCAGCUUUCUCCAAGACUUCCUCCACCAAAGUCCCUCGGGGUGGAGAGAAUUCAUCUCAGAAAAUCAUCCAUAAACGAGCAGCUCUUGGAAACCAGACACUCCAGGGACCCGCUUUCGACUCACAGCAGCCCUUAUCGAACCCUGGACCGGCCACCCCAGCCCCAUGGUGGGAGAAGCAUGCCCACAACCCCCGUGCUCACACGCAAUGCCUACAGCAGCAGCCACUUACAGCCAGAUGUUUCCUCACGCCACUGCCGGCAGCGCAGCGGAAGCUUGGAAUCCCAAACCCACCUGCUGGCAGAGACUCCCACCCUCUCCAAGUCCCAGCGAAGCAGCAGCACAGAGAUCCUCGAUGACGGAUCGUCCUACACCAGCCAGUCAAGUGCAGAGUAUUACUGCCUGACACCCACUCCCAAUCCAUACUACACUACUCAGACGCUCGACAACCGGACCCGGGGUCGAAGACGGUCAAAGAAACAACACAUUUCUGCUGCAAAUUCAGGAAGUAUGCCAAAUCUUGCCCAGAAGGAUGUCCGCAAUGGUGUCUACCACAAAAGUCAGGAGCAGCAUUCCUCUAGUUACUAUAUUUCUGGAUAUUCCACGUACACCGAACCUGAUGUUUAUUACAAUGGAGGAUACGUUUAUGAGAGCGAUACGGAGGGACAGUACAGCGUCAAUCCUUCCUAUCGCUCGUCGGCACAUUACGGAUAUGACCGUUACAGGGAAUUCAGGUCUUACCACGAGGAUGAAGUGGACAGAGUACCGCACAACCCGUAUGCAACCCUAAGGCUUCCGAGGAAGCAAGUUGCUAAAACGGAGCACAUAACCAAAAACAUUCACAAGGCCUUAGUCGCAGAGCAUCUCCGCGGUUGGUACCAGCGUGCCUCCAGUCAAAAGGAGCAGGGUCAUAGCCUGCAGGCAGGCUUUGAGUCUGACAGAGGAUCUCAAAGGAGUUUGGGCUUUGCUGGUCUGCAGGUGCCGUGCUCUCCUAGCAGUCGGGUGUCGUCUUUCUCUUCGGCAUCUUCUGCAAACACUGCUGGGAACUGGCGAAACCCGCUUGCAGUGGGACUUUCAGACUACGAUACAUUAUCUCAUUCCUCUUAUGCCAGCUGCUACGGGAAUGUUUAUGGCAACCUUCCUUUGCAGAGCAGAGCGUAUGCAGAGACGAGCCAGCUGGGUGGCGAUGACGAGAGCCGCUUGGAAGACGACCUGCACGGCGACGAGCAGAGGUUAUUCUGGCACGAGGACUCAAAGCCCGGGACGCUCGUGUAGACCGCCCGCAGCCCCACAUUCGUACCCUUGGGUGCCUUGCACAAAAUGCUGUU